AUGGUCAUCAACCGCCCCGGCAUCGCAUCCAUGUCCCUGGGUCGCCCCGGCAUCCACGACCUCCCAGGCAAGCUGAUGCAAGCUGCUGCACAUGGCUUCGAGGGCAUUGAGCUAUUUUUCGACGAUCUAGACUUCUACGCUCAACGCACAUUUAACGGUGACCACCUUGCAGCCGCACACGCCACCCGGCGGUUAUGCGAGCGCCUCGGCAUGGUCAUCAUCUGCCUGCAGCCCUUCUCCAUGUACGAGGGACUGAUUGACCGAGCUGAGACUGACCGUCUCCUGCACGAUAAGCUCCCCAAGUGGUUCCCCCUAGCGCGGGCGCUAGGCACAGACUUGAUCCAGGUCCCCUCGAACUUCCUCGGGCCGGACCCCGAGACCGGAAAGGCGCGGACGACAGCUGAUCGCACCGUGAUUGUGAACGACCUGCAGCGUCUUGCUGAUUUGGGAGCUGGUGCUGGAUUUCGCUUCGUUUACGAGGCUCUCUGUUGGGGUGACCAUGUCGAUACCUGGGAGGCCUCUUGGGAGAUUGUCCGUGAUGUGGACCGCUCCAACUUCGGACUAUGCUUAGACUCAUUUAAUAUUGCUGGUCGUGUAUAUGCUGAUCCGGCCUCACCAACCGGUUGCACACCAAAUGCCGCUGCUGAUCUCGCCGCCUCGCUGGAGCGUUUGCGGACUGCUAAUAUCGACCCCGCCAAGAUCUUCUAUGUGCAGCUUGUUGAUGGUGAGCGCCUUACUUCUCCUCUUGAUGAGAAGCAUCCCUUCCAUGUGGCUGGUCAGCCCGUCCGCAUGUCCUGGUCACGAAAUGCUCGUCUGUUUCCGUUCGAGGAGGAGCGUGGUGGGUAUCUGCCUAUCUUGGAUGUCGCGCGUGUCUUCUUUGAAGACCUCAAGUUUAAGGGCUGGGUCUCUCUCGAAUUGUUUAGCCGCACAUUGGCUAACACUGACCCAUUUACUCCGGCUGAUCAUGCCCGCCGUGGUAUUGAGUCUUAUAACAAGGCUGCUGAGAUCUUCCAAUGGGAGGGUCAAGAGAAAAAAACAGUCACAAUGGUUCCAGAAUAUAUCCCUGGGCCCGCUCCUCAGCAUCAUCUGUGA